CAGAGGCAGAGCGAGCUCCUUCAGGCAGGGCUGGGAGCUGAGCUCGCACAAACAGCUCCCCGGUGGACUCGCCCCACGCUCCUGCCCUGCCCCGUCCCUUCGCUCGGCUCCGAGGGGGAAGACGCGGAGCUGCGAGCCCGCCGGCGAUGAGCCACAUCUACGGCAGCCACCUCUCCCCCCUGGGCAGCCCGUCCAUGGUUUACCUGCCGGCAGCGCUCGGCUUCGCCCCCGGGGGGGCGAUAUCCCGGCAGGACCCUCCCCAGAAACCCCCCUACAGCUACAUCGCCCUCAUCGCCAUGGCCAUCAAAGAGGCUCCGGAGCAGAAGGUGACCCUCAGCGGCAUCUACCAGUUCAUCAUGGACCGCUUCCCCUUCUACCACGACAACAAGCAGGGCUGGCAGAACAGCAUCCGCCACAACCUCUCGCUCAACGACUGCUUCGUCAAGGUGCCCCGAGAGAAGGGGCGGCCGGGCAAGGGCAGCUACUGGACCCUGGACCCGCGGUGCCUGGACAUGUUCGAGAACGGCAACUACCGCCGCAGGAAGAGGAAGCCCAAAGCCGCGGCCCCUCCGGACGCCAAGGCUGGCGAGCAGCCGGGGCCGCCCGCUCGCCCCGUCGAGCCCAAGCGGGCCAAGGGCGGCGCGGCCGCAGCUCCGGGGGACGCGGGGCUCCCGCGGCCGGCCAGGGGGGGGACAGCGGCUUCCCCUGGGGGCCCGGCCCCGCUCCCCACUGCUGCCGCCCCGCCGCACAAGAGCGGGCCCCGGGGCCGCAGCUUCAGCAUCGAGAGCAUCCUGGCGCGGGGGCUGCGGCCGCCGCCCCCCGGGGCAGCCCCCAAGGCGGCCCGGGACAGCCCCGCCGGCUCCCUGGUGGCCAGCGGCGGCUUCGGGCCGGCCCUCAACGCCUCGCUCAUGCUCGACUCCCAGGUGCACGGGAGGCUUUACCACAUCGGCAUCCCCUUCCUCUCCUGCUUCCCUCUGCACUUCUCCGAGGCGGUGUUUAAUUUCCAGUAGGUGCCCCGCAAUUGACGCCCCCCGGCCCCGAGCGCUGCUCCGGGGGGAGCGGUGGGAGGGAGAGAUCGGACUCAGACCUCACCACGCGGGUAAAGACCUAGAACAAAACAAACCCCAAAGCGCUGUUUUAAAGGUGACUCAGGAUUUCAGGGCAUUUUUCAAGGCGCGUUUUGCUGCGGACUCUCUUUAGCGGGUGCCUCCCACCCCUCCCUGCCAGAGCGACUUUUGAAGGUAAAGCGGCUUUGUUUUCCCGUGGGCGGUGGAGGAAGAGGCAGCACCGGGGGAAUGCCCACGCUGGCCCCCAAGCCCCGUGGGAUUCGCUCUGCACCUUUAAUUUUUGCAUCCCUCAGGUUCCUCAGACCAGGUUAAUCUGGAGCCCUUCAGGUCUCUGUUUUCUUCUUUUAUUUUUCCUUUGAAAGUCAAGCCCCACCCCGGGAGGAGGAGGAGGAGGAGGAGGAUGAGUUUUGUUUUGCCAUCAAUACCCACAGGUAUUAAUAAUGCCCAAAAUUUUGCCAUCAAUACCCACAGGCACAUAAUAAUUCCUGAUAUUCCCCACUGGCCCAGAGGCUGAACUCAUGGCAGACCAAGCAAUCCAGGCUCAUCCUGAAUAUUCCUACUUGCUUUGACCCAGCACGGCGUGGAGCUGCUUUCCUGCCCAGCACCGGUGCUUUGGAAUAUCCCCACAGAGUUUCUGCUCUCGGAUCUGGCCAAAAAGAGGAGGAUGGAUGAGCAAACAUGGACUUUUGUCUGCUUUCCAUGUCUUACUGGGAUCGGUUGCUUCUGACCAAAAAAGACUGAGGCAGGGUUGUGGAGGCCAGGACAAAUACCAGGGAAAAAAAAUAAAGAGACAUCAGCUAUGUUUCUAAAGUUUUCUUUUUUCGUAAAGAAGGAAGACACAUUGCAAGAAAUCAGGAAUAUUUUGUAUUUUUGUUUGCCGUAAAUAGAGGCUUUUUGUAUAUUAGUGGAUAAAUGCCCUUUUGGAAAAAAAACAAAUUAUAUUCUCAAUUUUCAUUAUGGAACCAAACCUAUAUCCAAUAAAGGUAUAUUUGUUCAGGA